AAGCCAAACGUUUUCUUUCACGCUUAUAAAAACCAGGCCUCUUCCGUAAUAGCCUCUCUGCUCUUCAGCCCAAACACUAUACCGACGAUACAUAGCUCUGACUCUGUCUCUUCCUAAUUUCAUUUUAUUUUAGUUUUCCCUAUUUUACUUUCAUUUCCCAUACACCAUUUGAUUGAUAUGCUAUAGGAACUAAAAUUUCCUUCCAAAAAAAAAAAAAAAAAAAACACAUUUAUCAAAUCGUUUACUCAUAUAAUUCCUCACUAUCACUGUGUAAAAAAAAAAAAAAAACCCAAAAAAUUAAUAAAUAAAUAAAUAAAAGAAAAUAAAGAAAACCCUUUUCUUCAAAUUUCAAUACAGCUUUUGACAAAUUUUUGUGUAGCUAAGCUGUGAAUUUGUGAUUCUCGUUUUCUUUUGAGUUCUUGAAUUGGAACCCAUUGUUUUUAUUAGCAAGAAGAUUGUGUUUUUCUAUUUUCUUUUGUGGGUUAGAAUAUUCUGUAACGUUUCUGGGAUUGUUGAACUUUGUUUCUGAGACACUAAAAGAGAUGGAGAAGAAGAAGGUGGCGGUACCGCUUGUGUGCCAUGGCCAUUCACGACCUGUCGUCGACUUGUUCUACAGUCCGAUCACUCCGGAUGGGUUCUUUCUCAUCAGUGCCAGCAAAGAUGGUAGUCCAAUGUUGAGAAAUGGGGAGACUGGGGAUUGGAUUGGAACCUUUGAAGGACAUAAAGGUGCAGUGUGGAGCUGCUGCCUGGAUACUAAUGGUCUACGAGCUGCAUCUGGCUCUGCAGAUUUUACAGCGAAAUUAUGGGAUGCAUUGACCGGGGAUGUAUUGCAUUCUUUUGAACACAAGCACAUUGUUCGGGCAUGUGCAUUUUCAGAGGAUACACACCUUCUACUCACUGGUGGAUUUGAGAAGACACUGCGUAUUUUUGAUUUGAAUCGUCCUGAUGCACCACCGAGAGAAGUUGAUGAUUCUCCUGGUUCAGUUAGAACCGUUGCAUGGCUUCAUAGUGACCAGACAAUAUUAAGUUCUUGUACUGAUAGUGGUGGUGUCCGGUUAUGGGAUGUAAGAAGUGACAAAAUAGUUCAAUUACUUGAGACCAAGUCACCCGUAACUAGCGUUGAAGUGAGUCGGGAUGGCCGCUAUAUAACUACCGCUGAUGGGUCGACUGUUAGGUUUUGGGAUGCAAAUCAUUUUGGAUUAGUUAAGAGCUACAACAUGCCAUUCAAUGUGGAAUCAGCUUCAUUGGAACCAAAGCUUAGCAACAAAUUCAUUGCUGGAGGAGAAGACAUGUGGAUUCAUAUGUUUGAUUUUCAUACAGGAGAGGAGAUUGGAUGCAACAAGGGUCAUCAUGGUCCUGUCCAUUGUGUUCGCUUCUCACCUGGAGGGGAAUCUUAUGCUUCUGGAUCUGAAGAUGGAACCAUUAGAAUAUGGCAAACAGGCCCUGCAAAUCAUGAUGAGAAUGAUGCACUUCCUGGGAAUGGCCCGGCUGGGAAAGUGAAGGUUGGGGAUGAUGAGGUUACUAGUAAAAUUGAAGGCUUUCAUAUUAACGACAAAGGGAAGAAUGAAGAGGAAAAGGCGAUUGAUAUCUGACUUAGCCUCAAGAUUGUCUGGAGCAUUUACCAUGUGUUACAGCAUUUUGCCAUGAUUCUAUAUGCAUUUCAGUUUUUGGUUCUUGAUCAAUGUACACUGCAUGUCAUUUCCAUUGUAAGCUACAUGUGGUUUCCAUGUAAAGUAUAUGUUGUUUUCCUGUUUGGUCAGUUCCAUUUCAGUUUUGGUCAUUGUGAACCUUAAAUCAAUUUUUGUGUAAAACGUGCAUGUUUUCGCCUUUUGAAUACGUGAUACAUGCAGGUCCCUUUUUUUGAACUACUUGUCAAUCUUAUCUGGUUGGUGAUUAUAAACCGCCUAUUGGAAGAAGUGUGGCUUAUAAAGGAGGGGUGUACUGAUUGCUAUA